UUCGGGCUGCGCGUCAGUUGGCCAAGAUUCGGUGCCUUGACGUCCUCACUUUGGAUUUUCCCACUCGACGCACCGCAGCAUGAAAUUGAUUCUCGCGACCGCGCUUGCGAUCGCCUCGGCCGCGUCGGCUGCGAACUGCACGUUGGCGCAACUCACCGCAAUGAGUGACCUCUUGGCGACGAACGUGACGGCCGCGUGCGCCACGAGCCUCAAGAUGAACACGACGAUCUCGACUGCCAUGGGCAACCCCUACGGUGUGUGCCAACCGGCGUGCGCGACCGACCUCAACAGCCUCUCGUCCGGCCUUCCAGUCUGCGCCGAAACGGCGCCGAUCGCAGAAGGCAUCGCGCAAAUCAGCCAGAUGUGUACGAGCUUGGCCAACCCGACGACCAACGGUGGCCCGUGCACGGCAGGCGACAUGAUGACCCACCUGGCGGUAUUCCAAACGCCCAUGUGGGCGAAUUGCUCGACUGCGAUGAAUGCCACAAUGGAGUCGAUCACGCCGACGAGCCCCGAGGCUAUCCAAACGCUGUGCGCUUCCGCCACGUGCACUGCGUUUCUGUCAUCGAUGGAGAAAAGGCUGCCCAACUGCGUCGUGGCAGGCGAUAUCUCCAAGAACGCGGUCAACAUAAAGUCGACUUUUCAAAGCAUGUUUGGCUGCACACGCGCCGCUGUUGGGGCGCCGUGCACGAUGAUCGAUAUGGUGACUGUCUUGACUACUACCAAGACGCCAGUGUGGGCCAACUGCUCGACGUUCCUCAAACUACCCGAAGGCGCAACGAUCGACAAGGUCAUGCCCAAGGACGACGCCACGUCCCUCCCAGCCGGAUUCUGCACCUCGACAUGCCCGCAGUACCUCUUGUCCAUGGUGAAAUCCUUCCCGCCAUGCACCAUCGACGGCAAGAACAUCUCGGAUCCCACGGAGCUCUACACGCUGUGUCCCAACGUCAAGCCCGACAAGUCGGGGGCCGCGACAAUCAGUGUUUUCACGUGGAGCUAUGCCGUUGUGCUUGUCAUGGCCGUCGUCGUCCUUUUUUAACCUGACGAUGACAUGUCCUUCGAUAUGAAUAUACUCUACAAUAUGCACA